AUGGCAGAAGAAAGCAAUAUAAUAAAAGUCAGCGUCAAGAGAGGAUACGCUUCCUUCGUCUAUCAAAGCAAAGAAGUCCUCAAAACCCACGAAACCGUUGCGCUCCAUGGUCUUGGCGAAGCUACUGCCAAUGUUGUUAGAGCUGCAGAAAUGUUAUGCUCUAAUGGCUAUACAACUCUUGAAAAUUUCCAAACUUUGAGCGUCCCUGAAACAGAUCGUGAAGGAAUAAGCAGAAAUAGGAACAAGGCCAUCAUCACGCUGAGGCGUUCUUCAAACUUUGACCAAAUUUGCGAAGAAUUUGAAAAAACAAGAAAACCAAAAUAA